AUGGACCGUAGUGCAAGACCGCAAGAGCCUCAGCAAAGUGUGCCAGAACUAGAGGAAGAAAACGAAAAGCUCAAGGCAGAGCUAGAAAGACUCAAAAGAUCAAGUAGAAGGCCGCCUCCAGCACUGCCAGUUUCUAGCCCAGGUGCCCGCAGCUUAUCAACCCCCGAGGUGUACGAGAAUCGGAUCAACCUGCAACAUGCAGAGACCGUCCAUCAUCAAACUGUACGGAGACGCGGCGACAUCCGGCUGCCAAAUCGUGGUUGCAGCGACGCGUUACUUCGUCAUGGCAUUGUUUGGACAUCAUGGAUCCAUUUUGCAACGCAUAAUGAGACUUUUCAACUUGAACACGAGGCCGCUUGGAUGGGUGGUGCUUUUCUAGACAGUGAUCCGCUAUGGCUGGCUAUCUACUUUGCCUUUAUCGCAAUGAGCCUAAUGUUCAUGACCGAUACUGAGGCGACUGCAGCUGAGCUUCCUGAAGUAAGCAGCACGGAUUUAGUUCGAAACUGGUACGACGCUGCUAUCUACUUUCUCAACAAGGCAGAAUUCAUGCGCAACUACAACUUUAAGACUGUCCAAGCAAUCACCAUUCUUCUCAGCCUCGGCAAAAGCGUGGGCGACUUCAAUUCCCAGCCUCUCCUCCAAGCAACAGCCAUUCGCAUCGGGCAGAUAAUCGGAAUGGACCGCGAGCCACCGUUGCAAGGAUAUACCGACAGUCCCAUCGUACAAGAAAUUAGUCGGCGUACCUGGUGGACGCUAAUGAUUUGCGAAUGGCUUUCAGUCCCGCCUCGUCCGCCAUGUAUACAUGAACUUGACUUCAAUGUCGAUCUUCCUUUGCUAGCAUCAGACGAGGAGCUUUCAAACGCUCGUCUGACCCAGCAAGCCGUAUCCCAUCCCCGACCGGUCCAGUACCACCUCGCUAUGAUAUCGAUAGCGAAGUCGAUUUAUCGUUUUCAGUACCAGCUUGCAUGGCUCGACGAGAAAGACGCGCGCCUACUCGAAGAUCUAGUCCUAGCAACAGACGAAGACCUAGCAACGAUAAUCUCACAGCUACCCGCUCAUCUCUCCGACCCGCCUCCACCGGAAGGUGAAUGCGACAACCACUAUGAACGUGCAGGUUACUAUGACGAGAACUACCCGCCCUGGGUCUCAUGGCAAUGGCGCAGCCUUACCCUCACCCUUCUCAUAUUUCGAAUGAGAGUCAACCGCUGCCUCCAGCACAGAUGGCCCCAUUUGCCAAGCAAUGAGACCCUUCUCGCUAGGUCAAAGGCUAUUUGCCUCGAGUCUGCGUCGACGGUGAUAAUGCUGGUGGACAGGGACAAGGUGGCCUUGGCAAGACAUCGUCCUUGGUCAGUCAUUUAUGUCCUUGGUUCUUUAUGCUGCGUUAUCACCAUUUCCAGUCUAUCGCGCAACAUUAUGCCCCUUCUUGAGCGGCCCUUAACUAAUUGUGUUUGGGUAUAUAGGGCUAUGACCUUCUACGUCUUUUCAGCUGCAAUGACCCUCGCUAUUGAAGCGCGAGGUAUUCCCCGCCGCGACGUUCAAGCAGACGAAUAUAUUGAGAACAUCCAGUUGUGCUUGUCGUUUCUUGACUUUCUGAAAGAUCACACUGCACUUGCUGCUAGGGCUAUCUUGGUGCUCAAUGAGUUUCUAAAUGAUGCGAACCUACGAACAGAGGAAGGGACAAUGUAA